AUGACGGCCGCCGACGUGGACAAGAAGAGCAAGAAGAAGAAGCUCAAGGCCGCGAACGCCGAGGGCAAGGACCUCAUCGCGCCCGAGUCGCACACGCCCGCGCUGGACACGAGCAAGUGGCCGCUGCUGCUCAAGAACUACAACCAGCUCAAUGUGCGCACGGGCCACUACACGCCCAUCGCCUGCAGCUCGAGCCCGCUCAAGCGCAACCUGAACGACUACGUGCGCUACGGCGUCAUCAACCUGGACAAGCCGGCCAACCCGUCGUCGCACGAGGUCGUGGCCUGGAUCCGCCGCAUCCUGCGCGUCGAGAAGACGGGCCACUCGGGCACGCUCGACCCCAAGGUCACGGGCUGCCUCAUCGUGUGCGUGGACCGCGCCACGCGCCUGGUCAAGGCCCAGCAGGGCGCCGGUAAGGAGUACGUGGCCGUCGUGCGCCUCCACAGCGCCAUCGAGGGCCAGGCCAAGCUGGCCCGCGCCAUUGAGACGCUUACCGGCGCGCUGUUCCAGCGCCCGCCGCUCAUCUCGGCCGUCAAGCGCCAGCUGCGCAUCCGCACGAUCUACAGCUCCAAGCUCAUCGAGUACGACGAGGACCGCCACCUCGGCAUCUUCCACGUGAGCUGCGAGGCCGGUACCUACAUCCGUACGCUGUGUGUGCACCUGGGCCUCGUGCUGGGCGUGGGCGGCCACAUGCAGGAGCUGCGCCGCGUGCGCUCCGGCGUGCUGGGCGAGAACGACUCGAUGGUCACCAUGCACGACGUGCUGGACGCGCAGUUCCAGUACGACACGUACAAGGACGAGUCGUACCUGCGCCGCAUCGUGCGCCCGCUCGAGGUGCUGCUCACCACGUACAAGCGCAUCGUGGUCAAGGACAGCUCGGUCAACGCCAUCUGCUACGGCGCCAAGUUCAUGAUCCCCGGCCUGCUGCGCUUCGCCGACGACAUUGACAUUGGCGAGGAGGUGGUGCUCAUGACCACCAAGGGCGAGGCCAUUGCCGUGGCCAUUGCCCAGAUGACCACCGCGGUCAUGGCCACGUGCGACCACGGCGUCGUGGCCAAGAUCAAGCGCGUCAUCAUGGAGCGUGACACGUACCCGCGUCGCUGGGGCUUGGGCCCCAUGGCCCAGAAGGUCAAGGGCCUGGUCAAGGAGGGCAAGAUCGGCAAGUACGGCAAGGUGAACGAGAACACGCCCGCCGACGUGUCGGAGCUGUACGGCAAGAACGAGGAGAAGAAGCCGCUGGUUGAGGAGGAGGAGGAGGCCCCCAAGAAGAAGGCCAAGAAGGAGAAGAAGGAAAAGAAGGAGAAGAAGGAGAAGAAGAAGAAGCACAAGCGUGACGCCGACGAGGCCGAGGUCGCCGAGGAGGGCGAGUCCCCCGAGAAGAAGAAGUCGAAGAAGAAGAAGAAAAAGUCCAAGGAGACGAGCGACUCGGAAUAG